AUGAUGCCUUCUUAUAACGAGAUUUCUAGAGCUGACGAGAUUGAUAAUUGGACGGCGAGCAAGGAGCCCAUGCCACUCACCAAUUCUUCUAAUUCCGGUCCUGGUUUUCGGGAUUCCGGUGGUUCUGAAGAUGAUUAUGCAAAAAACGAAUUUAAUGGAAAUGGAAACCAAAGCAGCAGUAGUUUAAGUGACAGAAUACUUGAAAAAGAAAGGAAACUGGAACAACUAAACCAUGAUCUAGAUUACAAAAUCCGGUUCGGUCAAAAACCAGUUGAACGAACUGGUUUGGGGUUGAUUGAUGAUUCCAUAAGUUUUGACUCAUCAGAGAUACGUGGCAAUAAUAGAGAUCAUUCAUGGGUAGGGAAGGGUGAUGACAGAGAGACAAAGAUGAUAGGGGAAAGUCAUGAAGAAGAUGAAGAAGAGAAUGAGAACACUGCAACCCUCUUUUCCUCUGUAUCCUCUCGUUCGUCUCUUCCCCUCGUUCGAUCGAUUUCUUCCAAAUACAUAACAAUGAUCGAUAUUAAAUGCAAUUGUGGAGCCACUGCAGUGAUUCGCACAUCUUAUAGCAAAAGAAACCCUGGGAAACUCUAUUAUGCUUGUACAGUAAAGGGACCAUUAUGCAAGUUCAUAGGAUGGGUGAAUGAUUAUGAUCAGGACUGUGAUUGUAUGGCGUUUAGGAUGAAACUUGAAGAACAAAAUCGCAAAUUGAAGCUUUACCUAGUUAUUAGCUGGGUUUUUUUUGUUUCAGUCCUUAUAUAUAAAGUGUAG